AUGUCGGACGGGGUAAAAAUCGAAUUUAGGUUAAACACCGACAAUUGGGAGACUUUUACGGAGCAGUUAGAAUUACUCUUCAUUACAAGAGAUAUUAAAGAUGAAAAGAAAGCCGCGCACUUGUUGGUUAGGCUUGACGCAAAUGCAUACCAAUUGAUUAAACAAUUGAUGGCUCCGCAAAAAGCUAAAGACAUGAGUUUUGAUGACCUUCUGAAAGUCAUGCAAAAUCACCUAAACCCGAAACCGUCAGAGGUUAUGGAAAGAUGCAAGUUUCAUAAAGCCAGUCAAGGUGAUUCGGAGUCGGUAGCAGAGUUCGCAGUUAAAUUGAGAGGCUUAGCUUUGCACUGUAAUUUUGAUAAAAAUUUGGAUGACGACGCUCUCAGAGACCAGUUUGCGUGCGGGUUGAGAAGUCACGAAACUAGAGUGGAGUUGUUUAAACAAAAAAAAUUAACAUUCGAUUUAGCCCUGAAGGAAGCAGUAGCGCGCGAGAUGGCUACAAAUAAUGCAAAUCAGGCACUAGACGCUUUAAAGUCAGAAAAUACCAGUGCAGAUGAAGUCUUAGCGAUAAGAAAUGGUAACAAAAAAUAUUGGAUAGACGAAAAAAGAGGAUUAACUCCAAAAAAAGAUUAUUCCGAACUAAGAUGCUAUUGCUGCGGAAAGCAGGGUCACACAAAACCGGUGUGUAAGUUCAAAGACAGUGUCUGCCAUGGGUGUAAGAAGAAAGGGCAUCUCAAGGCAGUAUGCAAAAAUUCCAAAGAUGUUAGUUCAAAAAAUCGUAGAGAGCAAUGCCUGCAAGGAUCGAGCGAAGAAGAAGCAGAAGAGGACGACGCAAGCACGCACAGCGACCACGCAUCCACCUUCUACUGUUUGCGAGAUGCAGAGCACGACAAGGUAUUGAAAAAUGUUGUAAAUGUAAAAGCAGAGCAAAAGUGCUAUAGGGAUAGAGACGGCAAACCAAUGUUUGUUGAUGUAACAAUUAAUAAUAUAAAAAUUCGUAUGGAGGUGGAUACAGGCACCUUUGUUACUGUUUUGUCAGAAAAACUGUAUAGAAAAUUUUUUAAUAGUUAUAAGUUAGUACAAACAGAUAGAAGAUUAAUGGCCUAUGACAAAAAUAUUUUGUUGCCUGUUGGAAAACUUUUAAACUUAGAGGUCAAAAUUAAUAACAAGAUAUGUUUAUUAGAAUGUUUUGUAUUAGCAGGGAAUGGACCAGCAUUGAUAGGCAGACAAUGGCUGGCGGCAUUCGAUUACUGGCCUUUGCAGUUACGUAAAUAA